CUCCAGACCGACGGGUGGCGCUACCGGACACAUUUACCAAAACAUUACCGACGAGAUCUUAGUCGUGUACAGAAGAAAUAACACACUUCUGUGGAUGUUUUCUUCCUGGACUGUUUGCGACGUUAUAGAUAGAAAGCAUAAUUGAAAGAGAGCAACCCUGUACGGUAGUUUUAUUGUAACGUAUUCAGUGUAGUUAGCCCGUUUUGUCAGAUUGUGUCUAGACGCGUGUCUCUGGAACUAUGUAGCUCGUGAGCCGACUGGGAAGGAAAUCACCACGGGCGUCAGAACGGGGAAAUAAUAAGAGUUUCAUUUAGUACAAUUCUAGGCGUUUUUAUUUAGACAUCAUGCACAGAAGAGGAGUCGGAGCUGGAGCGAUCGCCAAAAAGAAACUCGCGGAGGCCAAGUAUAAAGAAAGAGGCACCGUCCUCGCCGAGGAUCAAAUCGCACAGAUGUCAAAACAACUGGAAACCUUUAAGACCCAUUUGGAAGAGUUUGCCAGCAAACACAAACAAGAAAUCCGCAAGAGCUCACAGUUCAGGGUGCAGUUCCAGGAGAUGUGUGCCACUAUAGGGGUUGAUCCACUGGCAUCUGGAAAAGGAUUUUGGUCCGAGAUGCUCGGAGUUGGAGAUUUCUACUAUGAGCUUGGCGUACAGAUCAUUGAAGUCUGUUUAGCUCUAAAACACAGAAAUGGUGGUCUCAUCACACUUGAUGAACUUCACCACCGUGUCUUGAAAGGAAGAGGGAAGUUUGCUCAAGAUGUGAGCCAGGAUGACUUGGUGCGGGCCAUCAAGAAACUCAAGGCUAUGGGAAAUGGCUUCGGGAUGAUUCCCGUUGGAGGCUCUUAUCUAGUGCAGUCGGUCCCAGCAGAGCUCAACAUGGAUCACACCGUUGUCCUUCAGCUAGCAGAGAAAAAGGGCUACGUGACGGUGAGCGAGAUCAAAGACGGCCUCAAGUGGGAGAGAGAGCGGGCCUGUCACGUCCUUGAUCACCUGCUGAAAGAAGGCUUAGCGUGGCUGGACUCCCAAGCUGCAGGGGAGCCACAGUACUGGCUUCCUGCUCUGUUCUCGGAGCUGUUAUCACGAGACGUUACGCCCGAGGAGGCCAACCAAAUGACUCCUUGAGAAGAAGACAUUAUUUUGUAAAUACAUUAUCAGGGCGGAUAGAGGCGAAUGUCCAGCUGUUUUGACAGGAAAAACAGUCAAAAUGGAAAAUAAAAACAUCUAUUUAGUCACA